AUGACAUCUGACCUUUUGGAUCGACUUGGCGGAGAGACUGCUCUCAAAGCCGCCGUCGAUGAAUUCUGUGUUCGACUGCUUGACGAUUCAAACUUGGCUACUUUUUUUGAGGAGGCCAGUAUGCCGGCGUUGAAACGACACCAGUUGGAAUUCAUGAAGAUUGCCUUUUCAGGCGUACCCGACGAUCUGAAUGUCGUCGAUCUUCUGACCAAAAAGCAAAGUCGACUGUUCGCGGAGAAGAAUCUCAACGAGACGCACUUUGAUUUGGUUGCUGGACACUUUGCUCGCGCCCUGGAACAUCUGAAAGUGCCAGAAAGUCUCGUAGAAGAGGCUUCCAGUGUGGUCCUAUCGCUCCGACCAGUCUUCGAAUCAGGAUCAAAGAAAUUCGACGUUGAGGAGAAGGAAUUCGGCGAUUCAAAAUCCGAGACGCUGCUGCAGCGCCUCGGUGGAGCCUCAGCGGUCAGAGCUGCCGACUCGCUCAAAAGUCUCAGUGUUCCUGAACACCUCAUUAAUGAGGCAGUAGAUAUUAUCAGUCCAUUGCGAGCAGCUUUUGAGGAAGGCGCCUUGGAAGCCAAAAGCGUCUGA